GUGACAGCCCUGAGUGCACACUAGAUGACAGGCUGGGCGGCUGCUCAUGGAGUGUCCGAUCACACUGGCCUGGAUGUGAAGGAUGGGGGGAGUCUGUCCACCCUGGGACUUCCAGGAGGAGCAGGGCAUCUCUAUGAGGAAGCUCAGGCUGCCAGAAGUGAUGGCAGACUCCAUAUACAACAACCUGGUGGCCAAGCUGGUGAUGACUGGUGACUCCGAUGUGGGCAAGACGUGUAUACUGAGCAGGUACACAGACAACACCAUGCCCUCCUACCUCUCCACAGUGGGCAUUGAUUUUAAGACAAAGACCAUCCUAUUUGAUGACAUUCCAUUAAAGCUUCAGAUCUGGGACACAGCAGGACAAGAAAGGUUCCAUACCCUAAGUGUCAGCUACUUCCGUGGUGCUCAUGGAUUUAUUCUUGUUUAUGACAUCACUAAUUCAAUCUCUUUUGAAAAUACAUCUUUAUGGAUGAAAGACAUUAAAAUGAAAGCUGGUGAAGAAGUAGAAGUAGUUCUCCUGGGAAAUAAGUCUGACAGGGAAGACGAACGUGAGGUUUCGAAAGAAAGAGGGGAAAAGCUGGCAUGGGAAUAUGGUAUACCAUUUUUUGAGACAAGUGCUAAAGAGAAUAUCAAUAUUGAGAACGCAUUUGAUUUGCUGUCAACAACUAUAUAUGCAAAGAGGUCAUCUGUAUUAAUCCAUCAGAAUGUGGUGAACUUGAGAGAACCGAAGAAAAGCUCAUCCUGUAUAAGUUGCACUUGAUAGAGGGUCAAGAAUCCGUUGCAUGAAUGCACUUCAAGAAGACCCAGACAUUUACCAUUUUGCAGUAUUUUUAUUCAAAAACUGAAAUAAAUGCCAAACAUAUAUUUAUCUGGUUCAAUACAAGAAAAUUCACAUCGGCACUCACCUGUUA